AUGGACGUAAGGAGGGAAGAAGAGGCGGCUCAGAAGGACGUGGUGGUGAGAGGAAGGGUGGUUCGGAAGGACGUGGCGGCGGGACAGAAAAUGGCUCAGGAGAACGUGGUGGCGGGAGAGGGGGUGGCUCAGAAGGACGCGGUGGUGAGAGAGGUGAUGACUCGGACGGUCGAAGUGGAGAAAGAAGAAGUGGCUCAAGGAGUCGAGGUGACGGGAGAGGAGGCGGUUGGAGAGGAGACAAUUGGGAAAGACGAGGUGGGCGGUGGGGACCGGAAGGAUGGGGAAGAGAAGGAGGCUGGCGUGGAGGAGGUGGAGGUUAUGGGAGAAGAGGAGAACCAUUCAGACCAGGAGGAUGGGGAAGACCACACUUCCGGGAUUACUGAAGUAGGUGAGCAAUUCUUCUCAUAG